AUGGAGAUGGAGAAGAGAAAUACUGAAGGGGGGAGGACUAGAGUCAACAGAACUGAGGAGGGGAGGACUAGAGUCAACAGAACUGAGGAGGGGAGGACUAGAGUCAACAGAACUGAGGAGGGGAGGACUAGAGUCAACAGAACUGAGGAGGGGAGGACUAGAGUCAACAGAACUGAGGAGGGGAGGACUAGAGUCAACAGAACUGAGGAGGGGAGGACUAGAGUCAACAGAACUGAGGAGGGGAGGACUAGAGUCAACAGAACUGAGGAGGGGAGGAAUGGGGGUGGGAGGACUAGAGUCAACAGAACUGAGGAGGGGAGGACUAGAGUCAACAGAACUGAGGAGGGGAGGACUAGAGUCAACAGAACUGAGGAGGGGAGGAAUGGGGGGGGGAGGACUAGAGUCAACAGAACUGAGGAGGGGAGGACUAGAGUCAACAGAACUGAGGAGGGGAGGAAUGGGGGUGGGAGGACUAGAGUCAACAGAACUGAGGAGGGGAGGACUAGAGUCAACAGAACUGAGGAGGGGAGGACUAGAGUCAACAGAACUGAGGAGGGGAGGACUAGAGUCAACAGAACUGAGGAGGGGAGGACUAGAGUCAACAGAACUGAGGAGGGGAGGACUAGAGUCAACAGAACUGAGGAGGGGAGGACUAGAGUCAACAGAACAGAGGAGGGGAGGACUAGAGUCAACAGAACUGAGGAGGGGAGGACUAGAGUCAACAGAACUGAGGUGGGGAGGACUAGAGUCAACAGAACUGAGGAGGGGAGGACUAGAGUCAACAGAACUGAGGAGGGGAGGACUAGAGUCAACAGAACUGAGGUGGGGAGGAAUGGGGGUGGGAGGACUAGAGUCAACAGAACUGAGGUGGGGAGGAAUGGGGGUGGGAGGACUAGAGUCAACAGAACUGGGCCCCAGGAAGCAACAAAGAGAAAAUACCAUGCAUAAUUAUUUACACAUUCAGAACUAAGAGAGAACAUAAUUAACACAACUCUGAGCUGCUCCACUGUCUGUCCAACAAGAGACCACCUUCUG